CCUCCCGCCCGGGGGUCCCCACUCGGAGCUCACCAGGCUCCCAGUGGCCGCGGUCCCUCCACCCCCAGGGGCGCGCACAGGUGUGAGCGAGCGGGGCUUUGUAGAGGAAUUUUUGUUCACUUCCAAACUGGAACCCGGACGCCCGGGCGGCGUGGGCACUGUGCCUUUGACCCUCCCUUUCCGCGGCCGCAGAUCCGAGUUGUCUGGCCUCAGUUUCCCUCGACUGCCCCACCCCCGGCUGCCCGUCAUUGUUCUCACUGCCCAAUAAGGGUGCUUUGUGAAGGCUGCGGGAUUGGGGUGUAGUCUCUUUAUCCCGGUUUUCAAACAAAACAAGGCCCUUAAGGCUGACCCAGGACAACCCACCCCUGGGCCCCCACUUCAGGUUGAUGCACUGAUUUUUUUUUUCUUACUGAGUAGUAUUUCAUUGUACAAGAGCCACGCCCUGGUUUCUUAAAGGCGCCCUACCCUCUGUUUGGCCAUGUGUUAUUUCUGCAGCUAGUGUGUGGGAGGCCUCUGGUGAACCACCUAUUUUUCCCGCCUCCUGAUACCCCCUCCCACCCGCACCGAGGAUUUAGGAAUGCCAGGAGGGAAGAAGGUGAUUGGGGGUGGCAGCAGCGGUGCUGCCCCAACUGCUGCCGCCACUGUCGCCGUCCCCACUGGGGUCAGGCGUUUGGAGACCAGCGAAGGGGCCUCUGCCCAGAGAGAUGAUGAGCCAGAAGAGGAAGGGGAAGAGGACCUGCGAGAUGGAGGCGUCCCUUUCUUCGUCAACCGGGGUGGGCUGCCUGUGGACGAAGCCACCUGGGAAAGGAUGUGGAAGCAUGUAGCCAAGAUCCACCCUGAUGGAGAGAAAGUGGCCCAGCGGAUCCGUGGAGCAACGGACCUGCCCAAGAUCCCCGUACCGAGUGUGCCUACUUUCCAGCCCUCCACUCCCGUCCCCGAGCGCCUGGAAGCCGUGCAGCGCUACAUCAGGGAGCUGCAGUACAAUCACACAGGGACACAGUUCUUUGAAAUUAAGAAGAGCAGACCUCUGACAGGAGGCCCCAGCACAGUGGCCGUCACUAUGUCAUUGCAGAGGCCCCAGCACAGCGGCCGUCAAGGUCCUGUCCUCCGUGCUGCUCCCCUCCCCCAGAGGCUGAUGGACCUGGCCAAGGAAAUGACCAAAGAGGCCCUGCCAAUCAAAUGCCUGGAAGCCGUGAUCCUGGGAAUUUACCUCACCAACAGCAUGCCCGCCCUGGAACGCUUCCCCAUCAGCUUCAAGACCUACUUCUCAGGGAACUACUUCCGCCACAUCGUGCUGGGGGUGAACUUCGGGGGCCGCUACGGGGCCCUGGGCAUGAGCCGGCGGGAGGACCUGAUGUACAAGCCGCCGGCCUUCCGCACGCUCAGCGAGCUCGUGCUGGACUACGAGGCCGCCUACGGCCGCUGCUGGCACGUGCUCAAGAAGGUGAAGCUGGGCCAGUGCGUGUCCCACGACCCGCACAGCGUGGAGCAGAUCGAGUGGAAGCACUCGGUCCUGGACGUGGAGAAGCUGGGCCGCGAUGACUUCCGCAAGGAGCUGGAGCGCCACGCCCGCGACAUGAGGCUCAAGAUUGGCAAAGGGACCGGCCCACCCUCUCCCACCAAGGACCGGAAGAAGGAUGUGUCCUCCCCGCAGCGGGCCCAGUCCAGCCCACACCGCAGGAACAGCCGCAGCGAGAGACGGCCCUCGGGUGACAAGAAGCCUUCAGAGCCCAAAGCCAUGCCAGACCUCAAUGGGUACCAGAUCCGAGUCUGAGGCACAAGCAGCACCCCAGCCCCUGCUUCUGGAGACCAUGAUCCACCUGCUGGAACUGGCCUUGCUCCAGGGAAGGGGUUGUGGGGGCAGGCUGCAGGCUGCAGGCUGCAGGAAGGGUGCCUUGUGGCUCCGCCCCACUCUGCUGCCCCUGCCACUGAGCCAAGUCCCUAACUUUGGGCCAAGAAGACAGUAUUUUAUUUGGAGUCUUUGGCUCUACGACUGAUGUUUAAGGUAUUUAGGGGAAAAAGACAAUGGCAAAUGGAUAUGCUGGUGGCUGGAAGGGCAGCGCUCAGGGGCCUGAGAGCCGCGGGGCUGGGGGAGGAUGGCUUGCUGCUUCCCCAGUGACUCUACUCCCAGUGGCUCUCUGGGAUUUGGGUGCAUCCUGUAGAUGGGAAGUUUCUCAGCCCCACCAGCCUGUGUGGGUUGAGAGGAUGAGGUGUUCUGCAGUUGGGACCGUCCUGACCCAGGGAAAGGGAAGCAGGGUAGACGCAUCCUGAGAAAGGUCUGUGCAGCCCAUAAAUCAGGAGCUGGGCGCAGACCGCAUCUGCUAAGAGCAGGAGCUGGUGGCCCAGAAGAGCCCUUGGCCCUUGUGGCCCCAUAGGCAGCACCAUGUGGGCCUGAGCUAAAGCUAGCAGGGGUUGGGCUGGAGGAGAACCAGAAGAGGGCCCUGGGCGGAGGAGAGCCCCCGGGCCAGCAGCGGGGUCCACGUGCGCAGCCCCGUCUCGCCUGUUACUGCAGCCUGGGGGUUCCCGGCAGAGGGUGUGGACUUUGUGGAGGGCCCAGAAUGACCCUGGGGUCCGCAUGGCUGUGGGACUGAGCAGACCUGGGUGCCAGUCCUGGCUGAGGUGGGCAUGGGGUGGGACUUCAGGCCUGGGUCCUUCCCCUGGCUCUUCUGGGAGUGGCCUCUGCUGUGUCCCCUUUCUAAAACUUCAGCCCUUGCUGGGGAAAUCAAGACCAGACCAGCAGAGCUGUGCCCCAGGCCCACAUCCCCUCCGUGAGCAGCCCCUUUAGGCUUGUGGGUUAGAGGGACAAAGGGGCCUGCCACAGUUCGUGAUCCCUCGGGGCACUAGUAGAGAAGAAGCCAAGCACCUGGAGUCGUGCACAUUCUGCCCAUCCUCCAUGAGACCCCUGGCAGGGAAGAGAAAGCAUGUGUAAAAGUUGGCAGAGCUUGGAGAAGGUUCUGGAAGUUCAAACAAGAAGGUGUAGGGCAAAGGGCAGUUGGACCAUAAGAAGGGACAGAGCCCGAGACCUGGGGGUGUAAGUGAGGAAGGGAUGUGGCAGGAAGUUUAGGAUCAGACUGCCUUGGGGAGGGGUGAGUUCCCCAGCACAGAGGGCUUCUUGUCAGGAAGCUGGAGAGAGGAUGAGGUUAUAGAAGGGCAACGUGAUGUGGAGAUCGUUAAGGUUUUACUGAGAGGCUGUGUCGACCUGGGGCAGCCUUCAGUGAGGCUGCAGAGGAGCUGUGAGCCUGGGCAGGGGAGCAGCAGAACUGGGGUUGUAAACUCAAAUGUCCACAGGGCCAGCAAGUGACAAAUGGGAGGGCGGCAUGGGGACCGUGGCACACUGCGGGCUGCUGCUGCUCAGCUCUCCUCACAGUGCAGGCCCUGUGGGGCCAGAUUGUGUUUGAGACCAGAACCCUGAAUCUGGAUGAGAAAUCUGAUUUUUAAAGGUUGGCAAAUCAGGUCAAGAAAUUUAAAUGCCAGUUUACACAAAAGAGUACGUUUGCCCCCUCUGCAGUCAAGAGCUUGUGCUGGCUAGGAGUCCAUGGGAUGCUUUGGAGUGGGAAGGUCCGGGUUUUCCAGAGGAGAUUCCUCCAGAGUCGAGUCUCAGCAGCAGAGACACCCACCCCCCCACACACACUCCCACCAGGGAGCCACCCUGAGCUCAUCCUUGCUGUCCCUGCAGACAGGCUGGAGACCUGGGUAGGUGGCACCCAGCCUGCCAGGAGAAGGGCUGGUGCCUGGAAACAGAGAGAAGGAGAGGAGGGCAGAGCCCUGCAGGGAAGGCCCCAGAGGCUGCCGCUCAUCCACCCUGCAGCUCAGGGCCCAUAGCCAGGCCCGACGCACCCUAGGAGGCCAGCCGGUCACUCCCAGUUGGGAGCCUCACCAGGUUCUUCUUAGGGUCAGUGGGCCCUAGGGAGGUGCCCAGUUUGCCCCCAGGCCACAUCCCUGGCCAGACCAGUGAGAUGGUCAUGGUGAUCCCUGGCUCACUGGCCCAUCUCAGCUCUCAGGGAGUGGGGAUUGUGGUCCCCAUGUUCCUCCCUUCCCCAACACAGAGAUGGCUCACCUCAGGAAAGGUGAGGCUGAAACAAGGUCCUUUCUGGGUCUGGUUGUGGCUGCUCAUCAGCAGGGAAGAAGCCCCAGAUGCUUCUGGGAACUUCCCAGAAAUGACAGGGUAUAGGGCGAAGAGAUGCAAGAGGGAGCUGGGAGCCAGAGUCAGGUAGACAGAGGAAACUGCUCCUAGUUCCUAGGACACUCUGACCCACAGGCUCUCUCCUGGGGAAGCCUGGGGAGGAGGAAGCAGAGUGGAACCCUUACCCUGCUUGCUCUCUGCUGACCCCCAUCUACAAUUCCUGGCACUCACCCCUCCUGAGCUGAGACCUCAGGCCUGUGGAGACCACCGCAGGACACAGUGGUGCUUUUGAAUUUAUUUUUAACUGUUUCCCAUGUAGCAACCCCUCCUCCCCCCGGGCUGUUUACACAGGCUGUGCUCUCUGGGGCUGGCCUGGCUGUGAGGUUUCUGGGGAGACAGAGAGGCAGGGACUUUGGGGCCUUAGUCACCUUCCAUGGUGUCACCUCAUCUCACUGCCUGUGAGGGACAGGGGCCUGGCUGAUGUGACCCCAGCUCCUCUGCCCUGGUGCAAACUGCUGGCUAAGGAGGGGUCAUGGUGAGGUCAGAGAAAGCUGCUUGGUGGAGGAGGCCUGGGGUGGGGGCGAUUACAGGGCCUCCCAAAGCCUGGCUCCUGGUGCCAGGUGCCAGGGCGGGAACACCAGGAAGCUGGCUUCAGAGCCUUCCCAUCCACCGACUGCCAAUCCUCUCCCUCUGUGGCCUCACCACAUUCUCAUACCCCUUGCCCGCCACUCCAGCAGCCCGUGCUCACGUGGGCUUGGCCGAGUGCAGAGAGCAGCAGCCCUGUGGCCCCAGGAUGAGGUGAUGCAGCCCAGGGCCAGGGCACUGAUUUUCAGGAAGAGCCAAGACAUCGACAUGUCUGUUUCUAGCCUUUCUGUCCUCUGCCCCCACCUCCUAGAGCACGGUCUGGCUCUGGGAGUCAGUCUGACGCUGGCUGGUGAGUGCCCAGAGGUCCCUGUGCAUGUGUGCCAUGGCAGGCCACCACCUGCACUGUGUCCCUGGCCUUGGAGAGCAGGGGAGUGCCAGGCCCAACAGGCUGAUGGGUGAAGGGCAGGAGGCCUCCUGUAGAGGACUGUGGGGGGAGCACACUCCUGCCAGGGACCAGCCUCCUACCAGGCUCUCGGGCCAGGCAGGGCUGCGUGGUGCUAGCUGCAAGUCCACUGGGGUGACCCUCUCGCUCCAUGUUGGUGCUCCGUGGUCCCCCUUUUAGUUCAAGCCUGAUAAAAAGGAGAGCUGGGCCUCCAGAGCUGGGCCUGGCCCAUGGGCCCUGUGAUGACCAGCUGCCCUCCCCAGGCUGUGACGUGUGGUCCUCAUGUUGUCCUUCCUUUGCUCAUAUCAGUAUUGCCCUUCCUUUCACCUUGACACUUCGUCUCAUUCCUGUUCUCACUUUCCCCCUGAAACAAAUAAAGUCUCCCCAGCUUGUUGUGUGGGCUGGGCAGAAAUCACAA